AUUACAGACGGUCGUCAUUUAGCAAUGAUGCCUCAUCCAGAACGCUGCGUGCAAUUUUGGCAAUGGCCCUACAUUCCAGCGAAAUGAAAAAAAAAAUAAUGAAUACAUCGAGUUCUACCGACAAUUUAUUUUCUCCGCGGUUUGCGUCUAUUGAAAUGAACGAUGUGAAUUAUUCGCGUGACUUUCGCCAUGUAGGCAAUUACUUGGUGAGUUUGGACGAUAAAGGAUCGAAUCUUUUUCUAUGAUAUUUUCAAGGUGAAUUUUUUUCUAAGGUUGUGAUACAUAAAUUGUGAUUAUGGAUGAAGAUUCAGACUAUAUUAAAUUACCAUUAGAUGAACGAUGUGUUCAUAAAUCAUGGAAGGCUCGUGUUCAUGGUUACGAAGAGGCGACUAAACAGUUUCGUAAAAUCGCCGAUGAAAAAUCUCCUGAAUGGAGUAAGUAUUUAGGUUUGAUUAAAAAAUUUGUCGGCGAUAGUAACGUAGCUGCUCAAGAGAAGGGCUUGGAAGCGUCGUUGGCGUACAUCGAGAAUGCCUUCGUUGCCGGAAAGACUGUUAACGAAGUGAUGCCGAUUAUCGUUACAAAAUGUAUCGGCGCGACGAAAGCGAAAAUCAAGGAUCUAGCUACCCAAAUUUGCCUCAUGUAUAUAGAAAUUGAAAAACAAGAAGUCGUUUUAGAAGAACUUAUGAAAGGAACGGAACACAAAAAUCCAAAGAUUUCUGCGGCUUGUGUUGCUGCCAUUACACAAAGUUUAAAAGAAUUCGGUAGUAAAGUUAUCAACAUGAAAGUAUUAUUGAAACGACUGCCGACGCUAUUAGAAGAUCGUGAUAAGAAUGUCAGGGAUGAAAGUAAAGUUUUAUCUGUCGAAAUUUUCAAAUGGAUCGGACCUGUUCUGAAAUCGCAGCUUUCUUCGUUAAAGCCAGUACAGCUACAAGAAUUGGACUCGGAAUUUGAAAAGGUUAAAUCGGAAAAACCUACCGUUCAACGCUACCUUCGAUCUCAGCAAGCGAAACAGUUAAAAUUGGCCGAAAACGCCGACGAAGACGAUGAAGGCGAAGAUGUACCCGAUAACGACGCAGCCGAAGAAAUCGAUCCGAUAGAUUUGAUUCAAGCGGUAGAUAUUUUAUCUCAACUGCCGAAAGAUUUUUACGAAAAAAUCGAGGCUAAGAAAUGGCAAGAGCGUAAAGAAGCUCUAGAUGCUGUGGAACAGCUUCUAACGAAUGCCCCUAAGCUGGAAAGUGGCGAUUACGGAGAUUUGGUGCGCGCUUUGAAAAAAGUUAUUACUAAAGAUACCAACGUCAUAUUAGUCGGCAUUGCUGCCAAAUGUAUGGCAAUGUUGGCUAAAGGGUUAAAAAAGAAGUUCACACCGUACGCGUCCAACUGUCUAGGCUCGCUGCUGGAAAAAUUCAAAGAGAAAAAACAAAACGUCGUCGUACCGUUGCGUGACGCUGUUGAUGCGGUUUACGAUAGCAUGACUUUGGAAAACGCCCAAGAAGAUAUUAUAACCUCCAUGGAGAGUAAAAAUCCCGCCGUUAAGGCCGAAACAGUUGCAUUUUUAGCCAGAUGUUUUACGAAAUGUACUCCUUUGAUUUUAAACAAGAAAUUACUUAAGGCUUUUACUACGGCGUUAUUAAAAACGUUGAACGAAUCCGAUCCAAUCGUUCGAGACAAUUCAGCCGAAGCGAUCGGUACAGCGUGGAAAGUCGUCGGCGAGAAGGUAAUCUCGCCUUUCUUGAGCGACGUGGAUAAUUUAAAAAUAACGAAGAUCAAGGAAGCUUCAGAAAAAGCGGUAAUCUUGGUGAAACCGAAAAUUGUAAAGAAAGCAGAACCGCCGCCGCCCGCUGUUUCCAAGCCCACUGUGGACAGACCGAAGGCCGGCAGCGCUAAUCCUAAACCGGUCAAGAGACCGGUUAACAAAACGGGAACGUUUAUCAAAAAAUCGUCGUCUAAUACCAAUCUUAGUAACAAAGCUCCAAAAUCUACAAAACCCAUACCCGAAAGAGAAUUGACCGAAGAAGACGUAGCCGAAAAAGCGGUCGAAAUUUUCCCUGAUGCCGUAAUAUCCGGCUUAUCGGACGGAAAUUGGAAAACUAGAUUAUCUUCGGUCGAGCAAUUCAGCGAAAUUAUCGGCACGCUGAACAGCGCCGAUGUUCAAAGCCAGCUCCUCAUUAAAUUAUUAAGCAAGAAACCGGGAUUCAAAGAUAAUAAUUUCCAGGUUUUAAAAUUGAGAUUAGAAUGCUUGAAAAUUAUUUCGGAAAAUUUCACUCUCACCAGUACCGCGGCAGCUGUUUGUUUAACCGAUUUAGUUUCCUUAUUGGGCGAUGCUAAAAAUAAUGGCUUGGCUACCGAGGUUUUGUUGCUAUUCGCCGACAACUUGAAGCUUGAUUACGUCUCAACAGAAGUAUUGGAAUUCGCAUUUUCGCAGCAGAAAAAUCCCAAGGUGCAACAAGAAGCUUUGUUAUGGCUGUCAAACGCUAUAUUGGAAUUUGGAUUCAUAAUUCAACCGAAAUCGUUGAUGGAUAACGUGAAGAAAGCUGUUGCGGCGUCCAAUCCGAACGUACGCAGCGCUGUCAUAACAUUACUCGGCACAAUGUACUUAUAUAUGGGUCCUCAAUUAGGUCUGUUCUUCGAGAAUGAAAAACCCGCGCUGCUACAACAAAUCAACGCCGAAUUCGAAAAACACGAAGGAGAAAAGCCACCGAGUCCGAAACGUGGUAAAUUGAAGGGCCACUCGAACGGCACCGAAGACGAAACAUUCGCCGAAGAAGCUCCUCAAAUUCCAAACAUUCAAGACAUGGUUCCUCGCGUCGAUAUCUCAUCUAAAAUCACUCAUUCGCUGGUGAACGAGUUGAAAGACAAAGAUUGGAAAGUACGAACCGAAGCCAUCAAUAAAUUACAAGAGAUCAUCUCCGAAGCUAGAUUCAUUACGAGUAAUCUCGGCGAAGCGGUUCCGGCCAUCGCCGAAAGACUGACUGAUUCGAACGGUAGACUGGCGGCUACUACUGUCACACUUUGCGAGUCUAUCGCGGUCGCUAUGGGAUCCUCUUGUAAACCGUACGUUCGAGAAUUCUUCCCAGGAUUUUUACAAGGAUUAGGUGAUAAUAAAAAUUACUUGCGAGCCGCGGCGAUUAAAUGCAUCAAUACGUGGGGCGACACGUGCGGCUAUCUGCCAUUUUUCGAAGGCGAAAUGAUCGCCUCAGCGUUGAAAUCCGGAUCGCCCACGUUACGUUGCGAAUUAUGGGCUUGGUUAGCCGAAAAGUUACCAAAUUUGAAACAAGUUCCAAAAGACGAAUUACUGGCUUGUCUCUCGUUCCUGUACAAUAAUCUGGAGGAUCGUAACUCGGACGUACGUAAAAACGCCAACGAAGCUGUGUUCGGUUUCAUGAUCCAUCUGGGUUAUCCGUGCAUGUUCCAAGCGUGCGAAAAACUCAAACCUGUGUCUGUGCACGUGGUGAAAAAUCUGCUGGAUAAAGCUCGCGGUAAUUUACCAGAUAUUCCCACACCGGCCCCUAAAGCUUCGAAACAACCUGCUUCUAAACCGGCCAGUGCUGGCGCAUCUCAGAAUAGCUCGGCUAAGGCGAGAACGGUUAUAGCUGCUUCGAAAGGCAGUGCUACUGUUACCAGGAAGAAGAAAGAAGAAGAGGUUGAUUCUACGCCUUUACUCAAAGUGAAUAAUUUGAAAAUGCAACGUACUCUAGAUGAGAACAAACUAAAGGUUUUAAAAUGGAACUUUACGACACCGAGAGAAGAAUUCAUCGAACAGUUGAAAGAUCAGAUGAACACAGCCGGCGUUAAUAAGUUACUCGUCACGAAUAUGUUUCAUCCCGAUUUCAAAUUCCAUCUGAAGGCACUCGAUGCUUUAUACGAAGAUGCCUCUGUUAACACGCCAGCUCUAAUGAGUAAUCUUGAUUUAAUACUGAAAUGGUUGACGAUUCGAUUCUUCGACACGAAUCCAUCGGUUUUACUAAAAGGUUUGGAAUUCUUACAAUUAGUCUUCAGGCUAUUGGCUGAAGAAGGAUACAACAUGGCCGAAGCAGAAGCUGCUAGUUUCUUACCAUAUUUAGUUCUCAAGGCCGGAGACCCUAAAGAUACGGUUAGAAAUAACGUUAAAGAUAUAUUCGACGCGAUCGGUUCCGUGUAUCCGAUCAGUAAACUAUUCACAUACGUCAUGGAUGGCAUUAAAUCGAAAAACGCGCGUCAAAGAACAGGCUGCCUGGAACAAUUGAGUAAAAUGAUCGAAAAUUACGGUUUAUCGGUUUGUCAACCUACUCCGGCUGCGGCUCUGAAAGAAAUAGCGAAACAGAUCAGCGAUAGAGAUAACUCGGUGCGUAACGCUGCGCUGAAUUGCGUAAUAGCAGCGUACUUCAUUGUGGGCGAUAAAGUCAGAAAUAUGAUCGGACAAAUAUCAGAUAAGGAUAUGUCGCUGCUAGAAGAGCGUAUCAAACGUGCCUCGAGAACACGUCCCAAUAUACCGGUUGCUACGGUCAAACCGACGCAGAUAUCGCCGAUGAAACGUGCCUCGCAAUACGAACCGCAGCCUGUUCAUCAGAUCAAUACGGCUACCUACGAUUCGCACAGCGAUGAAGAGAUGCCAGCUGAUGAAGACAUGGAUACGUACAGAGACGACGACGACGACGACGAAUCGGAAGAAACGCCGCCGGCCCAAGUGUCACCGCCUCAGCCGCCAAUUAUACAGCCACGUAAACAAUUUAGCUUGGAAUUAGAACGCGCUGAAGAUAUAGCUCUGAUCGAAGAAAAUUCCAACACUACCUGGACUCACUCGCCAUGUUUAUCCGAAGAGUUGCCCGAUGUGUUUUCAGAUACGAAGUUUUAUAACGUCACAGUAAUCAAUCGGGUCAAACGGUUCGGUUUAGACAAUCAAGUAAUCGAGGCCUUGGAAGCUCAAGCUAUUAAUCAUCCGAAACCCAAUUUAUACGAAUACGAUAGUAAUUAUUUUCAAGAACCAGUGUUACCAAUGAGGCAAAUCGUUAGUCCUUCGUAUUCGUGUAAUACGCAAACCAUCACUAGAAUUCGUACUUCGCCCAGUAAACCAAACAGUUUAGAAGCUUGGAUAACGACGAUAGGAUCGAGUGAUUUAACCGAUGUUUUAAAAGCCAUCGAUGAAGUAGAACCUACGCUUACGUCAGAAGAAAAGAGAAAGGAGCUUAAUGGUCUAGAAGGAUUACUGAUUUCGCAAAUUGUUUCUCAGUUGAGCAGUUUGAGCACAUUGAAUGACCCCGAAGUGACUAGGUGCUACAAGGCGCUAUUUUCCCUGUUGAUAAAGAUAUUUUCAUCGAGUUACGCGGAAAAAGUCGGCGAAUCUAACCUACAACAGUUGUUAAUGUUAUUGAUCGAAUUGCUGAUUGAGAAAAGACUGGAAAAAGCGGAAAGCUCGACCGUUUUUCAAAAAGCUGUUAAUAAUUUAGUACUUAGAAUAUUGGAGAAAUCAGAUCACACCGCAGUUAUUUGUGCCUUAUUAAGAUUGUUAUACGAUUCGGUGUCUUCUUCGAAUACCAAUCAACAUUAUCAAGAAUUAAUCAUGAAAUGUACCUGGAAAACGUUGAAAUACAUACCGGAAUGGGACACCGAAUUAGAAUACGAUAAGAUUUUAAUCGAAGUUCACCGAUUUUUAAAUGACUUCCCGUCGACUUGGUGGAAAAAACAACAAAAUGAUACGCCUUUAAGAACGUAUAAAACCAUAGUUCACGCCAUGGUCCAAACCAGAGGUAUCGAAGUAUUGAGUGUGAUUAGUAUUAUUCCGGGUGUUACUCAACAGAGUGAACUUUUGCAUUACGUUAAUAAGUUAUUAAGGCACAUGAAAUUAGAUGAAAAGAAAGACGACAUUCCCGAUAAAACGAGGUAUCACAUACCGAGAGGUUUACACGAAGAAUUGACGCAAAUUUUGAAAAAAAUUGGCGAUCAGAAUGAAACGCAACAGGGUUUAAGAAUGCUUUACGAAUUUAAGAAAAAUCAUCCCGAAAUCAAUAUCAACAGCAUUUUGGGUAAAACGUCGAAAUUUUUCCAACAAUACGUUACUCGAGGAUUAGAUUCGAUUCAAGCUGAAAAAGAAGGCGAUUUGUGCAAUAAUGGUUUGAAGACAUCCGACGAUAACGAUAACGAAAACCCUUUCACCGUCAGCGGAAUAGAAAAGGGAGCCGGAGAAAGCGUAGAAGCGCAAAACUACGCUCAUAAAUUGAAAUUAUAUCAAAUGCAAGUUGGCUGGGAUCAGCAAAAGAAACCCGGCUCGGCUCCGUCCGUUAACGCGGAACAAUCUUCGAAUCUAAUUCCAACCCUGAGAAUAAUGUCACCUCCGCAGAGAUUAUUCAGGGAUGCCGACGGUGAUGGUACAACGUCGCUGGAACAAUUACAACGAAAACUCUCCGAAAUCAGAACGGGAAAAGUGUGAAUGGUUUUACUUUCCAGUAUCUAACUCAUAUCAUUAUUAUUCCUUCAUAUUUUUUUUUCUCGUUCCUUGUAAAUUAAGUAAACAAUUAAGUGUCGAGUGUAUUUACCUAAAUUUUUAUCACUAGGGAUGCCUGUGCCUGUAGUGGAAAUUUUUUCGUGUUUCAUGAAUAAUCGUGUAUUAUAAGUUAUUUGUGCGUGUGUAUGUGUGUAUUUUUAUUGUUAUUUUACGUUCCCCUUUCCCCAUGAAUUUAAUUACUAUUGUUAGCCUUCAAUUUUAUCUAACAGAUUAAUUUUUAUAAAAUUCUAAAAGAAAUAGUUUUUGUAGCUAAAAUCAAAUAUACUUUUUUAUACGCCUA